CAGAUUGUGUUGAUGUUUUGCGGACUGGACGAACGGCUGGAGAGAAACGGGAAGAUGUUUUUGUUCCUCUAAACCGUCGAAAAGAAGCCGAGUCGCCGGUCCUCUGAUCGGUUCCGGUUCUUUAAUCGCCUUAACUCGGUAAUUCUUACCGAACGGCCGGGCCGGAGGGCGAACACACCGAACAGUUUGAUCCAGAAAGGGAGGACUCGUCGCCCUCUGACCCCCCCCCCCCCCCCCAACACACACACACACACACACACACACACACUCACACACACACACACACCAUGACGAUUCUCCCGAAGAAGAAGCCCAGUUCUGGGGUCGGUGUGUCGGAUGAUGACAGUAGGACCGGUCCGGACGCUCACCCCGGUCGCUCCGGAGCCCGGCAGAGAGCCUCUCCGCCGCCCUGGUCCUACCCGCCCGCUCCGCCCUCAGACCGGCGGGGCAUCGAGGCGAGCACCCGGCCGCAACAGGCCUCGCCGCCGCCCGUUGGCUCCGUGUCUCCCGGAGGACCGACAGACAGCCCCAUGGUGCCCGGUUCCUUAGCGGUGUCUUCCGGCGGCUCUGGUGGCAGCUGCUGCUCCGGGCCCGGGCUCAGUAAGAGGAGAAGGCAGACACAACAAGGCAGCUGCUCCGCCGGGGUGGUGGCGGCUCUCACCGGAGGAGGCCAACCGGGGGUUACCGGACCAGGGGGGGGCACCAGCGGCCAGGACACCGAGGAAGGAGCCGGGAACAACAGCGAGGACGAGUACGAAAACGCGGCCCGGUUGCAAUCGAUGGACCCGGCGACGGUGGAGCAGCAGGAGCACUGGUUUGAAAAAUCUCUGGGGGAGAAGAAGGGCUUCGUCAUCAAGAAGAUGAAGGAGGACGGAGCGUGUCUGUUCAGAGCUGUCGCUGAUCAGGUGUAUGGAGAUCAGGACAUGCAUGAAGUGGUCAGGAAACACUGUAUGGACUACCUGAUGAAGAACGCAGACUAUUUCUCCAACUACGUGACGGAGGACUUCACCACAUACAUCAACAGGAAGAGGAAAAACAACUGCCACGGCAACCACAUCGAGAUGCAGGCGAUGGCGGAGAUGUACAACAGACCGGUGGAGGUUUACCAGGACGGCACAGAGCCAAUCAACACGUUCCACGGUAUCCACCAGAACAACGACGAGCCAAUCAGAGUCAGCUACCAUCGCAACAUCCACUACAACUCGGUGGUGAACCCCAACAAGGCCACCAUCGGGGUUGGGCUGGGCCUGCCCGCCUUCAAACCCGGGUACGCCGAGCAGACGCUGAUGAAGUCGGCCAUCAAGACGUCGGAGGAGUCGUGGAUCGAGCAGCAGAUGUUGGAGGACAAGAAGCGAGCGACGGACUGGGAGGCGACCAACGAGGCCAUCGAGGAGCAGGUGGCCCGCGAGUCCUACCUGCAGUGGCUACAGGACCAGGAGAAGCAGGCGAGACAGCCCCGUAAAGCCACGGCGACCUGCAGCUCGGCGACGGCGGCCGCCUCCAGCGGACCGGACGACUGGAGCGCCCGGUCGCCGCGGCAACGCGACUCCGACCCCUCCCACUCCCACUCUCACGUCGAACUCCCGACCCCCCCUACGUCGACCAACAACAAACCCCCUUCCCCCGCCGGGGCCGCCCUCAUCCUGAGCAAACCCCCGUCCCCCUGCGCGCCAGGUCCCAGUAAUCAGAGUCGUCAUCAAUUGGAGUACAGAGCCAUCAUGCAGGAGAUGUCACCUACAGCGUUUGGAAGCAGCAGUGUGGGUCUGACGGACUGGGAGGACGAUGAGAUCCUGGCGUCGGUGCUGGCCGUCUCUCAGCAGGAGUACAUGGACAGCAUGAAACACCAGAGCACCUCCGCCAUGCACCGAGAGCGAGAGCCGUCACCGGACAGCAGCUGAUAGCCGGCCGACACACAACCCCCCCCCCACACACACA